AACUAACAAAAUUGAAAAGUCAAAAUGAAAAUUUUUUAAAAGAUGUAAAAGAUAAAAUUAUUGUAAAUCGGGUUGCAAAAUUUAUAGUAAAUUCUGAUGAGUCUCUGGUGUUGGUGUGGUUUUGAAUUUAUAGGAAAAGCGUUCGGUGAAAAUAAGUGCGUACCGGAAGUAGGGGAUCCACCGAAUUUUCAACCAAGUAUCUUAGUUGAUGGAGGAAUAGCUUACGUUUCAUUCUUCAAGAAAUUACUAAUUCCGUGUUACGCGCGAAUUGAAACCGUCAAAAAAGGUUGUUAUGGGACAGUAGACAAACCUAAAUGCGAGAAGAAGAAAAGGCCUUCAUGUCGGGAAAGGCGAUGUAAAAGAAGAGCAGCAGCCCAAGCAUCAGCUUGUCCACCAAAACCAGAAGCCGAAGAUGGUUGUAAGAAAGAAGAACCUUCUCCAUCGGAUAGAGAUUGCCGCUUAAAUCCUAAAAAACGAUGUUCAGGUUAUUGUAGUUGAGGUGACUCCCAAUAAGAGUAAAAAAAGACAAAAAAAAUUAAGGCAUAAUAAUUUUAUUUAUCGUUUUUGGGUAUCAAUUAUACAAGUUUUGUUACGUUUUUUUGUUUGUGAAAAUCAUUAAGUUUUUUCUUCCAUAAAUUGGGAUUAUAAAAUAAAAAUGUCUAUGUCGGUGAAACAAUCGUGAAAAUGAAUAUAAA